UUCCCUCCCCGUUAAAGCAAGGAGGGGAAAAAUAUGUUUGCACGUGUCUGCAUCCCCACCACACACUCUUGAGAAGAAAGAAGGUCCCAGGUUCAAAUCUCUGCCAUCGCAGUUGGCUCGUGUUGGGAAAGAUCCUUGGUUGGCUCCAUCCUCAGAGGAAGCAGUAUGAGGUGGAAGCUCAUGCACAUCUCUUCAGGUCAUUGCACCUGAAAGGAUUUCUAUAACAUCCACCAAGGAUGAAGAUGGAAGAGCAAGAUCCCUUAAGUUGCACAUUAGACAGAGCCGAGGGGACAGGAAAAAUCCCUCUCGACUUCCAGGCCGGGAGCGUCAGAGAAUUCCUGCAAAGGAGACCACAAGCAGUUAAACAGGAAUCUGAUGAGGGUUCCCUUCAGAAGUGGGAAACCCAGUGGCAGGAGUUCCUGAAGACAGUGGAGUCUCCUCCUAGAGGCUGGGGAACCCCAGAGUUGCCAGAGGACCACCGGACAUGGGAGGACACAAAGGCCUUCCUGGCUGCCUUUGAACAAGUGGCCAAAGGCUGCCAUUGGCCCAAGGAAGAGUGGGUGGCCCGACUCCUGCCAGCCCUGAAUGGAGAAAUGGAACAGGUGUUUAGCAGUUUGGAUCUCAGAGAUAGGAGUGACUAUAGGAAAGUGAAGGGAGCCAUCUUGCGAGGGGAUGCUUUGAGGCGGGAAAGGCAGCGCCAGUACUUCCGACGUUUCUGCUAUCAAGAGGCUGACGGGCCGAGAGGGACAUACAGCCGUCUUCAGGAACUUUGUCAUGAGUGGCUGAGAGUGGAGAGACACUCCAAGGAGCAGAUCCUGGAGCUGCUGAUCCUGGAGCAGUUCCUGGCCAUCCUGCCCCCAGAGAUCCAGACCUGGGUGAGGGAAUGCGGCCCCGAAAGCUGCUCUCAGGCAGUAGCCCUGGCAGAAGGCUUUCUGUUGAAGCAACAAGAGGCCCGAAGACAUGAAGAACAGGCGCUGUUUGAACAGGCAGCUGUGAGUUUCUUUGAGGCAGGCCAGCCUCUGUCGGAAAGUGAGCGGAGGAGGCGGUGGGACUCAGAAGCCAAAGAGGAGACUGAGGACAAUGGCAACCUGUGGGAAGGCAGGACCAUGAGAGAGAUUAAGAUGGACAAUAUUCCACAGGAUGGCCUUCCUUCGCAAAAAACCCUGGAGCCUUUUUCAAGAGGACCACCAAAAAAUGUUUCCUUCCUGGCAGAGAUAUCUCAGCCAGGAAGUACAUGGGGUGUUGAGACUGAGAAGGAAGCAUGUGCGCAGUCAACAGAAAAAACUGAGCAUCAAAGAAUGGAAGAAGAGAACAUUGACCAUCAAGUUGAAGUGUUGCGGCACCUGAGAGGAAAGACAGAAACAAAGGAGAAGCUGAGCAAUAAAGCUUUAACAUGUCAGGUUGAGAUUUUCCGUGAACAUCUAGGCCAGCAAAAAGAACCAAAAGGAAGAAGCAAGAACAAGUGUCCCGUAUGCCGAAAUUGCUUCACUUGCAAAUGGAGCCUGAAGGCACACCAGAGAGUCCACACAGGAGAGAAACCCUAUAAAUGCUUGGAGUGUGGAAAGAGCUUCACUGUGAACUCAAACCUUAUUUCACAUCAAAGAAUCCACACAGGGGAGAAUCCGUACACAUGUUUGGAGUGCGGAAUGAACUUCAGUGCCAGCAGGAGCCUUAGUGCCCAUCAAAGAAUUCACACAGGAGAGAAACCAUUUAAAUGUGCAGAGUGUGGAAAGAGCUUCACAGACAGCAGCAGCCUUACUAAACAUCAGAGAAUUCACACGGGAGAGAAACCCUUUAAAUGCUUGGAGUGCGGAAAGGGCUUCAGUGUGAGCUCAAAUCUUAUUUCACACCAAAGAAUCCACACAGGAGAAAAACCAUACAAAUGCUCCGAGUGUGGGAAGAGCUUCAGUCAGCUCUCAAACCUUACUUCCCACCAAAGAAUACACACUGGGGAGAAACCAUAUAAAUGUCUGGUCUGUGGAAGGAGCUUCAGGUGGAGUUCAGAUCGCUCUUCUCAUCAAAGAAUCCACACACAGGAGAAGUCACAUAAAGGACACUUCCCCCCUACACACACGCCUAUUGAUGUAUCACAAUCACAACCCCCACAUUAAUAUUAGUCAACAGAAAAUAUUGGGAGCUCAGGAACCAUACAAAUGCUCACACUGCAGAGAAAACUCCUAUAAUAAAUGUUGUCUUGGUGUGAUUCCGAAAAGCCAUGGAAAUGCUUUCUGGACAACUUUUCAGCCAAAUCCAGAGCUUGCAGUGGCAAGGGAUGGUGCUGCUGCCAAGCCACCACACUGCCAACAAAGGGCUUUCAAGCAGCACAGGAAGGUGAAAAAAAACCCAAGGAAACCCCUGGCCAUCUGAAAAUUGCCCACUGGACAAAAAGGACAGGUGCCUACACUUUUGGGUGGCAUAAGUCU